AUGGCAAAGAGCGUCCGGGCGAGUGUUUCCAAGCGCAAUAGAGCUAAACUUCGAGCCACAGUCUUUGGGCCAGCUGUCGAUGCAAGGACUGAAAGACUUUCUGCGAAGCUGCAAGAGCUAGCUUCUCAGCCUCGGCCGAACGAGGAAAAGCCAAGCAUGGAAUUGGAUAAUGCAACCACAGACAACAGCGGCGACAAAGUAACUGGCAAUGUAUUGAAUUCCACUGGAGAGAUGGAUAUCGAUCAAGGAACUGCUAAGGGUGGGCAUGCUCACACCAGGAAAUCUGGACGAAUCCAGAAACGUCAUAAGAAAAGUCUUAUUAGUUAUUUUUGUCUUCCUGGGACAUUUCAGGAAAGGGGCAGAACUUUGGAGUCAUGCGAUAGCAUUUGUGGACGCCUUCACGCAUCUGAUCCCCUGUAUUUCAGCCGUAGAAACUUUAACUGGGCGUGGAUCUUGGUUUUGUCAGGGCCGAGUAUGGCUGCAAUGUCAUUUCCAAGCGGAUGCUUGAGACUUCAAGGCUAUAUUCCCUCUGCAUGCACGAGCGUGAUACAAAACUUAUGCCCGGAAAUAACCCCACAGGUCCCAUUUCAGUAG